GAAGAUCGGCAGAAGCAAUCUGGUAGUGGAGAAAGCGAUAUUUAAAAGUAACUGGAGUUAUCUGAAAACAUUGCCUGUGUAAAUUCAAACCAAUCCUCCCUUUUUCCGCUCUGUCUUUUGUGGCAGAGAAGAAUUGAAAACAGGGCAAGGGCAUCUCAUAUUUUUAAUUACAAUUUACAAUGCUGGUAGGUGUGUAAAUGCCUCUUAAUGGUCACACAGUUUAGAAAUUGUUCUGGGACCAAUGACUCCUACAGCGUCCUCAAAGAAUAAAAGAUCUUGCAAAUGAAGAAACAUCCUUGUCGACAAUGUGACAAAUCUUUCAGUUCAUCCCAUAGUCUAUGUCGCCACAAUCGUAUCAAACACAAAGGCAUUAGGAAAGUUUAUACCUGCUCGCACUGCCCGGAUUCAAGACGCACUUUUACUAAGCGGCUGAUGUUAGAAAAACAUAUUCAGUUGAUGCAUGGCAUUAAAGACCCUGAUGUGAAAGAAAUGACAGAAUCAACCAAUAUAGAAGAAAGUGAAGUAAAAGAAGACACAAAGGUUCCCAGUCCAAAGCGUAAGUUGGAAGAACCUGUACUGGAAUUCAGGCCUCCCAGAGGAGCAAUCACGCAGCCAUUGAAAAAGUUGAAGAUAAAUGUCUUUAAAGUCCACAAAUGUGCUGUGUGUGGCUUUACAACAGAAAAUCUUCUUCAAUUUCAUGAACAUAUCCCUCAGCACAAAUCUGAUGGCUCUUCAUAUCAGUGCAGGGAAUGUGGCCUCUGCUAUACCUCUCAUGUAUCUCUCUCCAGGCAUCUCUUCAUUGUACAUAAACUGAAGGAGCCUCAGCCAGUAUCAAAACAGAACGGAUCUGGGGAGGAUAAUCAACAAGAAAAUAAACCCAAUCAUGAAGAUGAAUCAUCUGACAACAUGGUAUCAGAUCGAAAAUGCAAAGUGUGUGCAAAGACAUUUGAAACUGAAGCGGCCUUAAAUACUCAUAUGAGAACACAUGGCAUGGCCUUCAUUAAAUCUAAAAGAUUGAGUUCAGCUGAAAAGUGAUCAGAUAUUUGAGAAGCAAAAAUCCGUCUCCACAUUGGAAUAUAAAUGACAUUUUUGUUACAGAAAGUUCUCUGUAUAAUAGUGUUAACAGUACGGUUCAGGCUGUUGCAAUAUAUUCUACAUAAAUGUAUCCUCUUCACCUCAUUCUCUAUAUGCUCACUAAGCAUUAAAACAGUAUUUGAGUUGAAAAGAGUUUGUAUGUAUUUAAACUAACAAUUUUUAUACUCUUUGUUACGUGUUUGUAUUGAUAUUUAGUGGAAAAUCAGUUGUUUGUUUUGUAGUAAGUUUCUUUACAACAGAGUUCUUAAUACAGGGGCAGUUCGUUGGGUUCCGUUAAACUGUUUUAUAUAUGAAAUGCUUCUGAAAGAAAGUUUAGUUAAUGAAACUGCACCAGAAAGCAGUGCUUUUAUGUAUAGGGAAGAUUUUGAAAAUCAAUGGGACUUCUGCUUCUAAAUCUCUCAGGCAGUUUUGAAAAUCUUUCCCUAAGGAAUAGUCACUGCAUCUGUAGAGAAGACAGUGUUGGGUUUAAGCAGUAACACCAGAAAUACCAAGUGUUUACUAUUCAGAGUGCAUACUCCUUAGAAAGUUAUUGCACUUUUGAAAACAUGUUACUGCACAACUGGGCAUCACUACAUAAUUUGUUUAGGCCCUGCAAGGAGGUCUUUAAGGUUACACAAAGUUAAAAUUGUUACAGAAGAGCUGGGCUGCUGUGGAUUAAACAAAUAAGAUGUAAUUAGAUAAAUAAGUUUUAUAAUUAUGGUGGGUUUUGUCAUAUAAUUUAUUUAACAUUAUAUAGAAGUGAGUACACAGCAUUGUGUAUUUUCCUUUCUUCUGGCUCUUGAAAGAAAACAGUUUAAUUCCUUGGCUGUGUGAGUUGGUAUUUCCCAGCUCUGUAUACUAAUGCCAAAUGUUCUGGUGCUCAAUGUUAUGUCCAACCACAACUGUCAAGAAGGUAAUACACCAGCCUGUUUAAGUAAAAGUUAUCCUUUCAGCAUUAGCACAGACCAUCUGAAACUAGUUCAGUCAUUUCAAAAAGUAUACCUAAUAUUACUGGUUAUGCUUUCUUGAAGUACAGCAAAGGUACCAUACCGUCCCUUUCAUAUAUAGUUCUCUGUGAGAGUUAUAUUUUUGUUUGUUUGCUUUUGCAUUUUAUACCUUGUAUGUAUCCCUAAACAAAUUUUGUACCUUUUUUUAAAAAAAAAUUGUGUAUAUAUAGAUAUCCGCAUGAUAUACUGUAGUAAUUGUUCGGUUCUUUAAAAGUCUUGCUGCUGUCAAAUGUUACUAUACACUAUGUCCAUUAUAACUGUAUUAAACACAUUUCAUAUGUAAAUAAAUGUGGUGCAUUUUGCCCCUAAAGAUUUGUGAGAUUCUGUUAUUUAUCAUUAAAUUCUAACAGCGUUAGAAAACUGAGCAUCUAUGUAAAAAUUCCUCUUGCCACUCUGUGUUGUAUAUCAGAAACUUUAGCGCUACCUUUUCUCUCCAUCGCUGUUCCUAAGUUGGUUGAUUAGUAGAUACUUGUUAUCCCCUUUAUACACUAUUCAAGUAUUAGGUGGUUAUGCAGUACUUCUGUGUGCUAAAGCUUAUAGCUGAAGUUGCAGGUUACUGGUAUGUUUUUGUCAGUUAUGUGCACUGGCUAUCAUUGCCCCUUUGUUAAGUGUAUACCUCUUGAACACUUGUUUGUUGAUGAGCACUGUCAACUGUACAGCAAAUAAGUUAUCACUAUGCAGCAAUGGUGUUUUGUAUACAGUGAACAGAUAAUAAAGGUUAAA